AUGGGUUAUAAGCUUUUACUUAUUUUAAUGGUUGGCUUUAUAAUUUGCACCACUAACAUAGUUGGUGGUAGAAAUCUUUCUGAAGAUGAAAAGAAGACAAUUAGUAAGCAUGAUGGGGGUAUAGGUGGCCGAGUAGGAUUUGGAGGUGGUGAUGGAAUAGGAAGUGGUUAUGGUGGUGGCGGAGGCGGUGGUGGAGAUGAAUUGGGUGAUGGAAACAAUUGUGGAGGAGGCAGUGGAGACAUUGGAGGAAGCCCUGGUAGUGGUGGAGGAGGAGGUCGUGGUGGUGGAAACUAG